AGGCACAGAGCUUUAACUCAACUGUAGACAGAAGUUUGAACGCAGUUUGAUUCAGCGCUUGUAUAGGAGACAUCGCUGGCACGGCAGAGCCCAGUAGACAGGAGGAGAGGGAGGGAUCUGAAGAGGAGAGCCCAGACUCACUGUCUACAGCACUGGCUGACAGCAUGGGUGAAGAGGGGCCUCCCAGUCUGGAGUACAUCAAGGCCAAGGACCUGUUCCCCCAGAAGGAGCUGGUGAAGGAAGAUGAAAGCCUUCAGGUGCCGUACCCAGUUCUUCAGGGGGAAGGGGUGGAAUAUCUUGGCCGUGCCGAUGAAGCCAUCAUUGCCAUUUCUAACUACAGGCUGCACAUCAAGUUCAAGGACUCUGUCAUCAACGUGCCUCUCAGGCUGAUAGAAAGUGUGGAGUGCAGAGACAUGUUCCAGCUGCACAUCAUCUGCAAAGACUCUAAAGUUGUCAGAUGCCACUUUGCAACGUUCAAGCAGUGCCAGGAGUGGGUCAAGCGUCUGAACCGGGCCACUGCCCACCCGUCCCGGCUGGAGGACCUGUUCGCCCUGGCGUAUCAUGCGUGGUGUCUGGGAGGCAGCGCCGAUGAUGAAGACCAGCACGUCCAUCUCUGUCGCCCAGGUGAUCACGUGCGUCAGAGAAUGGAAAUGGAGGUCAAGAGGAUGGGCUUCGACACACAGAACGUCUGGAGAGUGUCCGACAUUAACUGCAACUACAAGCUGUGCUCCAGCUACCCGCAGAAACUUCUGGUUCCAAUAUGGAUCACUGACAAGGAGCUGGAGAGCGUGGCUUCCUUCAGGUCCUGGAAGAGGAUCCCAGUGGUGGUCUACAGGCACCUGAAGAACGGGGCAGUGAUCGCCCGUUGCAGCCAGCCAGAGAUCAGCUGGUGGGGCUGGAGGAACACAGAUGAUGAGUACCUGGUGACGUCCAUCGCUAAGGCCUGUCACAUGGACACCGGAGCCAAGUCUGCACCAGCCUGCAGACAGCGCGGCGAAGCUCCCGACUCUUCCGACAGCGAUUUUGACUCCUCUCUGACGGGCGGCUCCGGCUGCGAUGACAACACCGUGCCACAGAAGCUGCUGAUUCUGGAUGCUCGCUCAUACACUGCUGCAGUGGCCAACCGAGCCAAGGGGGGAGGCUGCGAAUGUGAAGAGUACUACCCCAACUGCGAGGUGAUGUUCAUGGGAAUGGCCAACAUUCACGCCAUCCGGAACAGCUUCCACGCUCUCAGGGCCGUCUGCAGUCAGAUUCCGGAUCCAGGAAACUGGCUUUCAGCACUCGAGAGCACGCGGUGGUUGCAGCAUCUGUCCGUCAUGCUGAAGGCCGCCACUCUGGUGUGUUCAGCGGUGGAACGGGACGGCCGUCCUGUCCUGGUACACUGUUCAGAUGGGUGGGAUCGCACACCCCAGAUUGUCGCUCUCUCCAAGAUCCUGCUGGACCCCUACUACAGAACGUUGGAGGGUUUCCAGGUGCUUGUGGAGACUGAGUGGUUGGACUUUGGUCAUAAGUUUGGGGACCGCUGUGGCCACCAGGAGAACGCCGACGAUGUGAGCGAGCAGUGUCCCGUCUUCCUGCAGUGGCUGGACUGUGUUCACCAGCUGCUCAAACAGUUCCCCUGCCUGUUUGAGUUCAAUGAGGCCUUCCUGGUCAAGUUGGUGCAGCACACAUACUCGUGUCUUUAUGGCACGUUUCUGUGUAACAAUGCUCGUGAGAGGGAGGCGAGGAACAUCUACAAACGCACCUGCUCUGUCUGGUCCCUGCUUCGCACAGGAAACAAAAACUUCCAGAACUUCCUCUACAUCCCCAGUCAUGAUAUGGUGCUGCAGCCAGUCUGCCAUACUCGGGCGCUACAGCUGUGGACAGCUGUCUACCUGCCCACCUCCUCUCCCUGCACUGCUGUGGAUGAUUCUGUGGAGCUCUACCUCCCCCCAUGCGUCACAGGGGACGAGCUCACCUCUCGUUCCCUGGACAGACUUCCCAAGACCCGCUCCAUGGACAACCUGCUGUCAGCUUUUGAGAACGGGGUGCCCCUAACGCGUACGUCCAGCGACCCCAAUCUCAAUAAGCACUGCCAGGAGGGUCGCCCUGCACUGGAGCCCUCACCUGCAGUGGAGGAACUGUCUGCAGACAGCUCUGACGAGGCCACAUCUGACACUGGAUUGGACAGUGCUGAGCAGCAGUCUGUACACCAGAGUCCUGCCAAGACACCAGAGGGUGUUCCAGGUGAAGAGUCGUCUGACGACACACUGGAGGAGUUGUGUCUUACCACACAGCCUCUGCCCUCUCUGCCCCUUCCCCCGGUCCCCGUCACUAAGGACGUCACAGUCGCUCACACUGCCUUUUCCACUCCUGUCCUCCAACAAGCUUUGCCUCAGAUCACAAACCCUCCACUCCCACCACCUCCACUGGAGGCGGAGAGCCCCUGUAGGACUGCUGAGAACACCACGUCACCCACUCAUAAAUCAGAGCCAUGCUUACCUCUGCCCUGCAAGAGCACUCAACCUGCAGCCAACACACCCACCUCGCUGCUUAACGGACAUGCUGAUGGUCAGGAAAAUAGCGUCCCCGAAUCUGCCAGUCUGCUGGCUCUGAAGCAGCUAACACCCCUCCUUCCCCUGGAGGACUCCACUGAGACUCUCACAGGUGAGGGAGAGGUUCCCCCCGUCUUGCCUUCCCCAGUGACCCAGGAUCUUUGCCAGGAUCAAAAAAGCGAUGGGGAGCAGCCGGAGCUGCAGCCACAAGUUCAACCCCAGAAGGAGAAAGAGGACACGAGAACAGAUGUCAUGAAAGGAAGAGAGCGUUUGUUGGCUGUUGCACCAGCUCCUGUAGACUGCACCCAGGUAACCGCUCGCCAUCUGAUCUCCCAGAGCCAACUCUCAGACCUGUCGCUGCUUGGCUCCCACUGGGAGAGUGUCCAGGGUCUGGUUCAGUCCGCCUGCAGCAGUGCCAGCCAUUCUGGUAUCAGCCGGGCCCUACAGCCCAACGCUUACCAGAGCCGCCGGCUUGCCAGCAAACUCCUCCGUGCCCAGGGCUUCUCCAUCCCCAGUGGGUCUCAGUGCUGCCGCAGGGAGGCUCUCUGUUGCCCCAGCAGCCCUCUGCAGCCUGGAUGGCUGUCUGCUGCCAGGAGUGCAGGUUACCCCGGUCUGUGUGGGCCCGCCGCCGCUGCCCUCAACAGCUACUCCCUGGCAGGCCAUCAGCUUCUGCCGGCAUCAUAUUCCUCACCCUCUGCAUCCAGCUCCCCUCCCCCGCCCCAUGCCCCAGCCUACCUCGAUGACGACGGGCUGCCGGUGCCAAUGGAUGCCGUGCAGCAGAGACUGCGACAGAUCGAGGCCGGUUACAAGCAGGAGGUGGAGGUGCUGCGGCAGCAGGUGCGACAGCUGCAGAUGAGGCUGGAGAGCAAACAGUAUGGCACCCCUCCCUCAGAGCCAGACAUCGACUACGAGGAUGACAUUACGUGUCUGCGGGAGUCAGACAACAGCAACGAAGAGGAUUCUCUGUCCACCCACAGUGAGGACCGUCUGUCAGAGGGCAGCUGGGAUCGAGUGGAGCCCAAGGACACAGAGGUCACGAGGUGGGUGCCCGACCAUAUGGCCUCCCAUUGUUUCAACUGUGACUGUGAGUUCUGGAUAGCCAAGAGACGUCACCAUUGCAGGAACUGUGGUAAUGUUUUCUGUAAAGACUGUUGUCAUCUGAAGCUGCCCAUCCCCGACCAGCAGCUGUACGACCCGGUGUUGGUCUGCAACUCCUGUUACGACUUGCUGCUGGAGUCCCGCACCCGCGAGAUCCGCAGCCAGCAGCUUAAGAAGGCCAUCGCUACAGCCUCCAGUUGAGAGAAGCGCAGCAUAGCGUGGCCCGCAUCGGCUCUGUCCUGCUUGUUUCGGACUGAUGAGCCGAGCGCCUCGUUGUAAACCCGACCUGCUGUAGUUUUGGCUGCGGGGGCUGGGGAUGAGGAGGAAUUGUUACCCUUUGGGAGGCUCGGUUUUAAAACGGAGAUGCGCAGAGACUGGGAAAGGGAUAGUCUGAGUUCGAGGCACGUUAGCAGGUGUUGGUGAUGGUUGGUGGGGGGGUUUCUACAGAACAAACCCCUCCUCUGCAAAGACAUUUGUCAGCCGGGAGCGCUGCAGCGUCCUGCUGCCUCCACACGGCUCAGUCCUCUAGAGGUGCCCUGUCCGAGACACAUGUCCAACCUGUCCACUCACCUUUAGUACCAAACACCUGCACCCUCCUGACAGACACGUCUCGCACUUCAGAGGACAAUCGCUCACCCUUCCACGUGUCGGGGACUCCAAAGCCUUUACCUGUACUACUGGAGGCUUUCAACUUUAAAAGAAAAAGAAUUGCUGCUACAGUAUUUAAAAGUCUAAUUUUGUAUUCUUAUUUUGUGCACUACUAGCUGUCGUGUAUUUGAGGGAAUUUGAGACCAAACUUGAGCAAAAGGGAGAAAUCUGCUGUUUACUUUGCCAUUGCAUCUUUAUUUCUUGGAGCCUGAAUGUAACAUGUAAUGGGGUAACUGGAUCGAGUUUAUGUUCACGUGCAUUUGGUGGGUCGUAUAUAUGUUCAUUGCUGCAAUGUGUUCUCGAAAUUCUGUAUAUGCACAGUCAAUGUGGUUCUGUCUUUAUCAAUGCUUUUCUCCAGUAUAGCCAUGUUGCGACAUUAGACGUUGUGGGGGCUGUGUUCGGACACACUGAUGCAACGCUGCGUGUUUGUUUUGUGGCAACGUGUGCUUGAUGUGAUCGGAUGAAGAGGACAGAAUGAGGUCUGGAGAGGGCAGGUUUCUGUGAAGUCUUCUGAUGGGAGAAAAAAAAAAAAGUUUUUCGAAAGUACUGUUGGUGUCUGUGAUGUGACUGAGGGGGAUCUCCUACAGGUUUCUGCUGACAUUCUUGUGAUCGAGCGGCUUCGUGUCCACAUAAAGCUUGAUGUCCAUCUGACUGACGACUCCUCCUCAGAUUGUUGACCGGCAGUACGGACUGCUCGGGCAAAGACUGAACAGAGUGAUUGGAGUUUUUGUUCUGUUCGGGGGGGGGGGGUCCCCUUUUAAAAAACAAUGUGUUUGUGUCUACUGGUUGUUCCUUGAGACAAUAGUGCCAUAUUUUGUUUUGUCUAUUUUUGAAGCCUUUUUCUUUCUUAUGGACGGCAGCAGGUUUCUAAUUGGCCACCUCUCUGUAUGUUAUAACGGUACGGAUAGUUAGCUGCUUAACAACACUGAGACGACUAAAGAUUAACAGGUGGUUGCUUGGUAACGAGGCUAACCACGUGAACCGAUGACGAGAUAUCACUGAAUUAGUCGACCUUUACAGUUAUCCAUCGUUUAACAUUUGGGAUUUUUUGCACGGUGUUAAUGAAGUCGAAAUCUUUUAAGAGGAGCUCAGAAAUGUAACAUACAUAGUUAUCUGAUCCGUAGUGGUGGCUAAAACCUGUCACUUAAUGAAUAAUUGUUGUAAAGAAAUGCACUGUAAAAGUUAAAUCCCAUGGGUUAAAAUAAAAGAUUAUAUCAUG